CGGAAGUAAAAUCCACCCGCACGUGGUGCUGGUUUGUUUUGGUACCCGUUACGGUAGUUUAUUCUCAAAUGUCUGUAAAUAUGUUACCAACAGACGUUUUGUCUGGUGCGAAGAGUCACGUGGAAAACAGUGAGGAAAAUGGGGUGAAAGCAAAGAAACGAAAAAUUUCGCUGUCAAAUUGCAGUGUUUGUGGAUCGGACGAGGCGAAGUACAGAUGUCCCGCCUGUCUGACACUUUCUUGCAGUUUGCUGUGUGUGAAAAAACACAAAGAAGCCAAAGGAUGCAGUGGAGUUAGAAAUAAAACUGGCUUUGUGGCCCUCUUACAGUUCGAUGAAAUGACUCUUCUCAGUGACUACAGGUUUCUGGAGGAUACAGGAAGGUUUGCUGAUAGUGCGAGCAGAGACAGUCUUAUUCGGGUUCCCCGCACCACAUUUAAAACUACAAAGCUGACAAGCAGCGCCAGGAAAAUGAACAUCACCCUGAGGUGUCUCCCGGUCACCUUCACUAAGAACAGAGAAAACUCCACCAUCUUCCUUACAAAACAAAAGCAGUUUUUGUGGCACCUGAAGCUGAUCUUCCCUCAGAGCAGCACUGAGUUUAGUCAGAUGAGAGUGGCCGACAGUCAAACUCUGGAGCAAAUCUUGACCUCUUAUAUCCACCCCACAGAGUCGGAUCCUGUGAUACGCCAAAAACUGAAGAUGUAUGUCCACUCUCCGUUUGAUCAUGUGAAAGUCUUCAUGAAAGACGAGGGGAGAAAGGCGAACUCGAUCAGGUACCAUGAAUUGGAUGUUCAGCAGAACCUGCGGGAGAACUUGAGCUACAAAACGCUGAUUGAGUAUCCGGUACUGCACGUUGUACUCAGAGAUCACUGGGAGGAUUAUCCACUGAAAGCACCAGGGGAAAAUGCAUCACCCUGCAGUAGCUUGAUGUCAGAGAGUCAACGGGAGGUCCAGAAAAUGGAAGAGAAUGAGGAGAAAGUGAUUUCACCACCCCUGCUUGGGUCUGCUGCCCUGAGAGCAGCUGGUAUCGGUGUGCGACCCCCGGAGUCCAACAACCUCUCUGAACCUCCGCAGCAGAAAAGGCCGAAGAGAGAGAUACAGGAGGACGAGCUGGAGGAGGGCGAGAUCGUAGACAGCAGUGACGAGGACGAAGGAAGCGCUGCAGAACACAGCCGGAGUGGCGCUUGUGGUGACGGCGCCAAAAGCCAAACUGACACUGAGGGUGUAAACAAAGGUGUCGAUGUGGAUCAUAAAAACAGCAACUGCAGCAGCACGCACGAGGGCAUGACUGUGUGUGCUGAUAAUAGUUGGACUGUCAGCGAGACUCCUGUCGUCAGCGUGACUCAGGAAGACGAGUAAAAAA